UGGUUUUUUUUUUUUUCCGCUUUGGGAAAGAGUUCAGCGCUCGAUCAGUGCCUGGAGCGGAGCUGCCGGACCGAGGGCAGUUUAAACCGAGCUCUUCCCAGCUCGAGCUAGCGCGCAAGAUGAGCGUAGCAGUGGAGGAAGCUGUCUUGCCGUCCAUCUCCACCUUUGCCGGCUUGGUGCCACUGGAAGAGAGGCGGCCCGAGAUGAGGCUGGCUCCUCCUUCCGUGGAAAGUGCCAUCGCCAUCAAGAGGGAAGCCGACGAGCUCGGUAACUUCGUCGACCUGGAGUUCAUCCUGGCGCACACCACCAACGGGCAGCCCAAUGGCGGCGGGGUGGGGCCCGCGCAUCCCGCCGGCAACCCGAACUACCCCCUGCCCGAAACCCCGGAGAGCUGCGGCACCACCUAUGACAGCGACAGUUCCAACUACCAGCCGCCUAACAAGUUCGCGGCGUCAUACCUGCCCAGCCCUGGGCACAGCUACGUAGCCGAGCUCUUCACUCAGGACAUGCAGCAACCCUCGGUGGGCCCGAGCCACUGCGAGCUCCAGCGGCGGGAAUACACUGAGCUGCGCGCCCCGGGCUUGCCCGGGGGGCUGCCCUUAGAGCACCUGCGCGUCAAGCAGGAGCCCAUGGACGGCCAGUCCUGCAUGCUGAGCGAGUGCCUGGCGCCCGGAGCCCUGGACCACAAGCCCCUUCUGAUGCAGCCUCUGCUCCAACCGCCGCUGUCCCAACACGCGUCUUCCGGCUUCCCCGCCGAGCAAAUGGGCUCGGGGCCCCAGUGCGGGGUGGGCGGCGAGCUGGGCCCGCAGAUGGGAGCUCCCCAGCAUUACCCGCGCCCUGCCCACCUCUUCCAGCCCAACUUCGCCGGGCAGAUGCCGUCCCAGUUCCACGGACACUUCAGCGUCUUUCGAGAGCCUUUGAAGCCCCGCGCCCAAGGCCUGCCCGGGCUGCUGGUCACGCCGCCCAACUCGCCCGUCUUGGAUUACUACGCCCCGAUGGGUCCCCCCGCGGAGGAAUGCAAGCCGAAAAGGGGCCGGCGGUCCUGGGCCCGCAAACGCACCGCCACCCACAACUGUGAAUUCGCCGGCUGCGGGAAGACAUACACUAAGAGCUCGCACCUCAAGGCGCAUAUGCGGACCCACACGGGUGAGAAGCCUUAUCAUUGUACCUGGGAAGGCUGUGGCUGGAAAUUUGCACGGUCAGAUGAACUGACGCGCCAUUACCGCAAGCAUACAGGUGUCCGGCCAUUCCAGUGCCAGCUAUGCGACCGUGCUUUCUCUCGAUCAGAUCACCUGGCCCUGCACAUGAAGAGCUGUAAAGUUUCCAGUAUGGUCAAUCUAUUCAGACCAAUAAACAACCUGUGAUGAUGUAACCCUUCUUAAAGCAAGUAACAUCCACCAAUAAGUCUCCAGCUGACAGCAGUGCGUGUUUUGGGAUUAUCCAACUGAAGAAACUAAAAUGGGCACUUCCGGAAUAGGUUAUAAAAUAAUAUAUACUCAGAACAAAGACAACAGUUGCGUUGGUAGGUUGUGCAACCUAUAGUGUCUAGGAACAAAUGUUUUGCAGCAAAGUUCUGUGUUCAGAAGUAAAGCUACACUUCAGGUUUCCAUCUUCUUUUUCUUGCUCAGGGAUGUUGCCAAAGCAGGACCAAAAAUUGCCUUAAUUCACAAUUCUGAGAGGUGGUAAAACCACUUGGUUGUAGACAGACCCUUGAAAAAAUGCCUUAGGAGAGUAAAUAGAAACAAACUGUAUUAUUUCAGUGCUCUUAACCAAUGAAAGCCACUGUAAGUGCCACGCCUAUGUAUGCUUAUGUGUAACAGCUAAUCACUACUUGGUUUAUCUAUCACAACAAGCCAUAUUGUGGUUUGUUGGUAUCGGAUUAGCAUAUUAUAUAAAUGUAGACUUUAUAACCAUGGUUUAUGGCUUAGCAUGUUUCAAUACAGCCAAGAACAAAUACAUUUUCAAAUAAAUACACAUAGUACUGCAAUUAUGAUUAACAAUGCAAGCCUAGUUACUUUGAAUCAAAAAUAAAUGUUUACCCCGUAUCUUAUUCCCAGAUAAGUUGUGCAUAGGGUUACAGCUAAAAUGUGGUUAUACCUAUUAAUUAUAAUACCUCAAAUGUGUUGUAUAGGAUUCAAUCAUGUAUGGAAAAAGCCAUUUGUACUGCUUUUUAACCGCUUUGUAAAUUUAAACUUUGUUCUAAUGCAUAUUAAUGAAUUUUAUUGGGGAUACCACUCCAUUUCUCAGUACUGAAAGCACAUGAAUCUAUGGCAUUUUCUGAACUCUAUUCAUUUGCACAAGCAAAGAGGCCUUUAAAGUACUACAAUAGUUUGUUCCAGAAGGCUAAUGAUUAACAGGCCAUUGUUUUUAAACCAUCAAUAACUUUAGAUGCCGGUUGAACCAUUAAAUUACUGUUUUAUGGACCUGAUCUCUGAUGGGGGUGGCUCAUUACACCCUCUGGAGUGUUAAAUGAUAGACCCUUAAGGAUAUGUUUGGAAGUAGGGAACCCAGAUUGCUCUGUAAGUUGCUUCAAAACUCCUAUAGCCCAGACCAUCU